AUUCCAGUCCCUCUGGAUGGAGCUGCUCAUUAUCCUGGAACUUUUGUGAUACUCAUACCGGGAAUGCUCAUAGCCACAAUCUCUGGUAUUUUUUUGACUUCUUCAUUUGUAGCAGCUUUCGCUGACAAUGUAUUCACGGACCGAAAUAAUGACAAUAUAACGCAGUUCCUUACCGAGAACAGUUUUCCUGUCCCUCUGGAUGGAGCUGCCCACUAUCCUGGAACUUUUGUGAUACUCAUACCGGGAAUGUUCAUAGCCACAAUCUCUGGUAUUCUUUUGACUUCCUCAUUUGUAGCAGCCUUCGCUGACAAUGUAUCUACGGACAGAAAUAAUGACAAUAUAACACAGUUCCUUAUCGAAAACAGUGAGAGUAUCCGUAAUGGGACGUACGAUUACUCCGACCAGAGGUAUCCAGUCAUUAGUGCCGCGAUUAUAGAUCCUUGGUUGGAACGUAUGGGAAGUGGUAUGAAACGCUAUAAUUUUGGAAAAACCGUUGAUAAUUUCUGCUGGGUAAUCACUUUCAUUUUACGUGAGAGAUCCUUCCGUGACAACAUAUUGUUGCACUACGUGGGUAAAGCUAAAAAUAUCGCGUUAGAGUACGUAAAAGGAGGAAAUUAA